UCCCACCCCGCCUCUGCCGCUGCCUGUCUUCUCCUGUCCCGCAGCAGUCUGAGCUCCUGAGGUUCUGUUUGUGUGUGUGCUUCGUUGCAGGCUGGACUCAUGGCCUCUCCACUGAGAUUCGACGGGCGGGUGGUAUUGGUCACCGGCGCAGGGGGAGGACUGGGCCGAACCUACGCUCUGGCUUUUGCAGAAAGAGGUGCAUCAGUUGUUGUGAAUGAUUUAGGAGGGGACUUCAAGGGAGUUGGUAAAAGCUCCUUAGCUGCUGAUAAGGUUGUUGAAGAAAUAAGAAGGAAAGGCGGAAAAGCAGUGGCCAACUAUGACUCAGUGGAAGCAGGAGAGAAGGUUGUGAAGACGGCACUGGAUGCUUUUGGAAGAAUAGAUGUUGUGAUUAACAAUGCUGGAAUUCUGAGGGACCGUUCCUUUAGUAGAAUAAGUGAUGAAGACUGGGAUAUAAUUCAUAAAGUUCAUUUGCGGGGCUCAUUCCAAGUGACCCGGGCAGCAUGGGAUAACAUGAAGAAACAGAAAUUUGGAAGGAUCAUUAUGACUUCAUCGGCUUCAGGAAUAUAUGGCAACUUUGGCCAGGCAAAUUAUAGUGCUGCAAAGCUGGGUCUUCUGGGCCUUGCAAAUAGUCUUGCAAUUGAAGGCAACAAAAACAACAUUCAUUGUAACACUAUUGCCCCUAUUGCUGCAUCACGGUUGACUCAGACUGUUCUGCCUUCAGAUGUUCUGGAAGCUUUGAAGCCGGAGUACGUGGCACCCCUGGUCCUUUGGCUUUGCCAUGAGAGUUGUGAGGAAAAUGGUGGCUUGUUUGAGGUUGGAGCAGGAUGGAUUGGAAAAUUACGCUGGGAGCGGAGCCUUGGAGCGAUGGUAAGACAGAAGAAUCAGCUCAUGACUCCUGAGGCAGUGAAGGCUAACUGGAGAAAGAUCUGUGACUUUGAAAAUGCCAGCAAGCCUCAGAGAUUUGGAGAAUCAAUUAGCAGUAUGAUGGAAGUUCUAAGUAAAAUAGAUGCAGAUGGAGGAGUUUCAACAAAUCAUACCAGCCAUACAGCAUCCUCAGAAGCCACGUCAGGAUUUGCUGGAGCUGUUGGCCAUAAACUUUCAUUUUCUUCUGCUUACACUGAACUGGACACGAUUAUGUAUGCUCUUGGAGUGGGAGCAUCAAUCAAGGAACCAAAGGAUUUGAAGUUUAUUUAUGAAGGAAAUUCUGACUUCUCCUGUCUACCUACCUUUGGAGUUAUUGUAGGUCAGAAAUCUGUAAUGAGUGGAGAAUUAGCAGAGAUUCCUGGACUUUCAAUCAACUUAGGAAAGAUUCUUCAUGGAGAGCAGUACUUGGAGUUAUAUAAACCAUUUCCCAGAGCAGGAACAUUAAAAUCUGAAGCAAUUGUUGCUGAUAUCCUAGAUAAAGGAUCCGGUUUAGUGAUUCUUCUGGAUGUGUAUUCUUAUUCUGGGAAGGAACUUAUAUGUUAUAAUCAGUUCUCCCUAUUCCUUGUUGGCUCUGGAGGUGUUGGUGGAAAACGGACAUCAGACAAAGUCAAGGAAGCUAUAGCCGUACCUAAUAGAGGUCCUGAUGCUGUACUUACAGACACCACCUCACUUAAUCAGGCUGCUUUGUACCGCCUCAGUGGAGACUGGAAUCCGUUACACAUUGAUCCUAACUUUGCUAGCUUAGCAGGUUUUAAAAAGCCCAUAUUACAUGGAUUAUGUACAUUCGGAUUUUCUGCCAGGCAUGUUUUACAGCAGUUUGCAGAUAAUGAUGUGUCAAGAUUCAAGGCAAUUAAGGCUCGUUUUGCAAAACCAGUAUAUCCAGGACAAACUCUACAAACUGAGAUGUGGAAGGAAGGAAAUAGAAUCCAUUUCCAAACCAAGACCCAAGAAACUGGAGACAUUGUCAUUUCAAAUGCAUAUGUGGAUCUUGUGCCAACAUCUGGUGUUUCAGCCAAGAUACCUUCUGAGGGUGGGAACCUUCAGAGUACCUUGAUAUUUAAGGAAAUAGGUCGCCAUCUUCAGGAUGUCGGGCACGAGGUGGUAAAGAAAGUAAAUGCUGUAUUUGAGUGGCACAUCACUAAAGAUGGAAGUACUGCCGCUAAGUGGACUAUUGACCUAAAAAAUGGCAAUGGAAACGUGUAUCAAGGCCCCGCGAAAGGCUCUGCUGAUGUAACGGUCACACUCUCGGAUGAAGAUUUCAUCAAUGUGGUCCUGGGCAAGCUGGAUCCUCAGAAGGCAUUCUUUAGUGGCAGACUGAAGGCCAGAGGGAACAUCAUGCUGAGCCAGAAGCUUCAGAUGGUUUUCAAAAACUAUGCCAAGCUCUGAAGGACGAGCUGCAUUGUUAAUAAAAAUGGAAGAAUACUCUCUCCACCCAAAUACGCGGAAGUGAUUCAGCAAAAAUGUUCAAAACCGACAUCAGGAGAAAUCGCUUAACUUUCAAAUUUCAGCUAACUUUUCAGAUUUUCAUU